GUGCCGUAAUAGCGACAUCUCUCCUUGACAAAUGGUCGCAUGGAUACAUAAGAGCGACGUGAGUCGCUUCUCUGAGUAGAGAGCGAAUCCCCAAGUUGAUUUAUUAUCAUUAUUAUUAUAUUUAUUUCCCGUUAGACGGAGGCUUAACGGCGUAAUGGCCGGAGUAAACGUCUCACCCGCCUCUCUGCUCGAGCUUAUAGCCGAGAUUGCUGAGAUUCCAAUCAACGCCGGCGUGUUCAAGAAGGAUUGCGCGGAUCUCACUCGGCGAGUCUGUCUCUUGACGCAUUUGGUAGAAGAGAUCAGAGACUCCAAGCCGAUCGAUUCCGCCGCUGCUUCUUCGUCGGAGAAUGACUGGUGGUCUGAUCUUGUCGUGGGGCUUCAAGCCGCGAAGCGUCUUCUCUCCUCCGCCACUCGAUUCCAAGCUCGAGACUCCUCUGAUGGUGCUGUGAAGAGAAUCUCAUUCCAGCUCCAAUGCAUUACAUGGAAGCUGGAGAAAGCGUUAAGCAAUCUACCUUACGACCUAUAUGACAUCUCUGACGAAGUUGGAGAACAGGUGGAGCUAGCGAGAUCGCAGCUGAGAAGAGCUAUGCAGAGAUAUGGUUCAUUGAACUCUAACAAGUUCUUGACUGGCUUAUCUGAGCCCAUGGAGAGAGAUGCGUUUAGCAAUGUAAAGAUCAAAGCUGAGGAAGAAAAGCUUGAGGGUAUUUCGGAAACAGUUCCUUUUGGUGAGGCGAAGAAGCAGCUGAGGAAAAGCUCUUCCAUUUCUUUGGCGUUUUACUUGUCCAAAGAUGCUGAUACGGAUAGGUUAGACAAAAUGGUCACCAAGAACACUGAUGAGUCGAAGAAGUCUGAUAAACUCACGAUUCCGGUUGAUUUUCUGUGUCCUGUGUCUCUGGAACUGAUGAAGGAUCCUGUUAUUGUCGCCACAGGACAGACUUACGAGAGGGCGUACAUACAGAGAUGGAUCGACUGUGGGAACUUAACAUGUCCAAAGACUCAGCAGAAACUCGAGAACUUUACGCUUACUCCAAACUACGUUCUCAGAAGCUUGAUCUCUCGCUGGUGCACUGAACACAACAUUGAGCAACCCGCAGGUUACAUCAACGGCAGGUCAAGAAACAGAGGAGACAUGUCAGUGAUCAAGGCAUUGGUUCACAAACUCUCGAGCCGGUCAGUAGAGGAGCGCAGGAACGCUGUUUCUGAAAUCAGGUCUCUGUCCAAGAGAAGCACAGACAAUCGCAUUCUGAUCGCUGAAGCAGGAGCAAUCCCUGUUUUGGUGAACCUUUUAACCUCAGAAGACGUCGCCACGCAGGAGAACGCAAUCACUUGCGUUCUCAACCUCUCUAUCUAUGACAACAACAAGGAGCUGAUAAUGUUUGCUGGUGCAGUUACUUCAAUAGUUCAAGUCCUUAGAGCCGGAACCAUGGAAGCUAGAGAAAAUGCUGCAGCUACACUCUUUAGCCUUUCGUUAGCAGAUGAGAACAAGAUCAUAAUAGGCGGAUCCGGUGCGAUACCUGCCUUGGUUGAUCUGCUUGAGAACGGGACUCCUAGAGGGAAGAAAGACGCAGCGACCGCAUUGUUCAACCUCUGCAUUUAUCAGGGAAACAAAGGCAGAGCGGUAAGAGCCGGUAUAGUGCCUGCAUUGGUUAAAAUGCUAAGUGACUCGAGCAGCCACAGGAUGGUUGAUGAAGCUCUGACUAUACUCUCGGUCCUUGCAAGUAACCUAGACGCUAAAGCAGCGAUUGUAAAAGCGAAUACUUUGCCUGCAUUCAUAGGUAUUCUCCAGACGGGUCAAGCUAGAAACAGAGAGAACGCAGCGGCGAUAUUGCUUUCGCUGUGUAAGAGAGACACUGAGAAGCUGGUGUCGAUAGGUAGACUCGGUGCAGUUGUGCCAUUGAUGGAUCUAUCGAACAACGGAACAGAGAGAGGCAAGAAGAAAGCUACGUCAUUGUUAGAGCUUCUUCGUAAAGCUUGCCAAUAAUAAUUAGUGGGUCUGACAAAAAAAAAUAAAAAAGGUUCGUCAAGCUCUCAUUUUUUCAUGAAAAGUUUGCUGGCUAUUUAUUCAAUUAUUAUGUUAAUAUUUUGUUUCAUUUGAUUUGAUUUUUUGGAUAUUAAUUCCAUUUGUGGAAUCGAAUCUGGAGAUGGUGAGCUAAAAGGGUUUUCGAGAAUCGAACUCUUUUUUUGCUUGCUGUGUAUUUAUUUGGUUAUAUUUGUAAUAAAAUUUGGGAAUAAUAACUAAUAAGCAUUGAAUUGA